AUGAAGAGCAAGAGUGGUGGAGUCUGUUUCAGCUAUCUUGAAUUUGGGACAUGCCGCUUUGGAUCGACGUGCAAGUUCGCCCAUGUUGAGCCAGAGGAGAAUGGUUCUGAGCAGUCUUUCGAUCAAAGCCCGCAACGAAAUGACCGUAUUGGUGAUUUCUUUGCCGAAUAUCCCGACUUCGACUACGAUGAGUCUGCAGAAAUUUGGCGCGAAUUUUAUCGCAUGUGUGAUGAAUUUGGUUGGGAUAAGAGGCAGGACGAGAAGGAGGAAGCCAUGGAGAACUUCAAGUCAGCGAUGGUUCAGCAGUUCAACGACCUAUAUGGCACGGACAGGGAUGACCUGAAUGCCUGGCAGAGUUUGUGUCAUGUUCUAAAUAUCGUCCCAAUGCCUGUUGGCCUGAACGAUUGUCGAAAGCAGUCGUUGACCACGAGUAGCGGAUUCGGCAGACGCAUGUCAAUCUUGUGGACCUUGUGGACGCUCCGCGAACAGGAGUUCCAGUGA